AUGGAGGCUCCGCCAGUUCCUGACGUCGUAAGAUGCUCCCACCACUAUUACCACAUUCCCUCGCUAACACACUCUGGAAACACAGGCUUACGGCACCAAGAACCUUCCGGCCGCCGACCUCCUCGCAAAGAAGGGCAAUAUCGCCUACCCCGACGAAGUUAAGAGCUUUCUCUACGAAGCCUAUGGCCCCUACAAUCCAUCCAAAGGCAAAUCCCGUCCAACUGCCUCUGCCCUCGCCAAGAUCCUCCACGAUCAGCGCAUGAACGCCCUCACGGCCCCACCCGGCAACCAAAUCACCGGACACCAAGCCCUCGAUUUGAUCGUUAUUGAGCGUUUGGUCAACCGGUGCAAGGCCGAUGCUCCGUUUCGUGAGGUGGCCGAUUUGACGACGGACCAAGAGGGCGACACCUGGAGUCGGUACUAUGAGAGGGUCUGGGAGGAAUACAUACAGCGAUACCAUGGUCCGCCGCCUCCACCAGCGGAGGACGAGCGCAAGAUGAAGAGAAGAUUGCAAGUAAAAGGCGAGGCAAGGGACAUUUGGCAGGAUGUGGGGGAUGGUGCGGAGGAGGAUAUCUGUACGGGGGAGAAAAUUCCAGGUCCACUGCCAUGCCCUCCAUAUGGGCAGACGUCUGAGGCUGUAGGCUACUCCGGCCCUGGAGAUGGCGAUGCCGAGGAAGCUGGCCUUCUCGAGAUGGUAGCAGCUUUGAAGCUGGCUACCAAGGGGGCCCAGAAGCGUGCGAGGGAAGAGAAGCAGACAUUGGUGAACAAGAUCGUGGAGGCUGCGCGGGAGAAGUGA